UUAUAUCACAGUAAACUAAAAAGCGUUAUAAUAUUAUUCUGUGGUAUUAUUAUCAAUUAUUAUUAUUCAUUACCGGCCUUGCUGUAUUCAGCGAGCACCUAUGUCGGAAAGCCACGUAAAAAUUGUUGCGUAUGUUAUUUUUGUACAAUUUUGAACAGUUUGUUGUAUAAAAUAUCUGUAUAAUCGUUCAGUUAACGAUGGAGAAGUAUCUUUUUUUUUUACUGUCGAUACAAUUGUGUUUUUCGCUGGAUUUUAUACCGCCCACUUUGCCUGUUCCGGGAGGCUCGGGGUAUAAUGCUCCUUGUAAAAGUUGUCGGGCUAUGGUCGAGUCAUUUACAAAGGGCAUGAAAAAAACAGAAAAAUUAAAAUAUGGCGGAGGUAAUACAGCUUGGGAAGAAGCAAACCUACGGACCUAUAAACGCAGUGAAGUACGUUUUGUCGAAAUCCACGACUCCGUCUGUCAUGAAGUCUCAACAUCACAAGAUCACUGCUUUCAUUUGGCAGAAGAACAUGAACACUUAUUAAAAGAAUGGUUUACAGAUAUCCACGAUCCAAACGAUUUAGACAAAAGUGAUUUAUAUAGCUGGUUGUGCAUUGAAAAUAUGAAGGUUUGCUGUUCAGCCGGACACUAUGGUCCUGACUGUAAGCCAUGCAAAGGUUUAGAAAAUAAAGAUGAACAGUCUGUCACUAUUUGUAACGAUCAUGGAUCAUGCAAGGGCGACGGUACCCGUAAAGGUGACGGCACUUGUAAAUGUUGGAGAGGCUAUCUUGGCGAGUUUUGUGAAAAUUGUGAUAACGGUUACUACAAGGAGAAGAUGGAAAAUGGCAGUACUUCCUGUUUACCUUGUGAUAAGUCAUGUGGACAGAAUGGUUGUACGGGUUCAGGAUCAAAAAGCUGUAAAGAUUGUAAAGUAGGAUGGAUUUAUCUUGGCGAAGACAACGGAUGUACUGAUGUGAAUGAGUGUUUAGAAGAACCUGAAAUCAGCGACGGUGUAAUAAAAGGCAUUUGUGAGGUUAAUGAAUUUUGUGUUAAUACUCCAGGGUCCUAUUCUUGCCUAAAAUGUGACCCAGCGUGUAGAGCAUGUUCUGGAGAUGGAGCCGACAUGUGUCUUGGUUGUGCAAAGGGAUAUACAUUUGACAGUACUCAGAAAAAAUGCAUAGUGAACAGAGGAAGCUGGAGCUCUAGCGAUGCAAUGAACCGUUAUUUCGUAUACUUGGGACUCGGAGUGACUACUAUUAUAAUAUUCAAAAUGAAUCCUGCAAUUGCAAGUAUAGUUGGAGCUGUUAUCGGUGUUUAUAUUUCCAGUGCUGAGUAUUACAUGUAUGGUAGGGAAUUGAUGCACCUUUAGGUAUUUUUAAGAGUUCAUUUAAAAUUUUUCUUUUAUCUAUUUCCCACCGUAUAGUCAUUAUGUUAAUAAAACAUACCAUGUAGUGUUUGUAAAUUUAAGUUUCAAGGCUGAUUAUUGUGUGUAGGCUUUCAUUAAUUAAGUGUUUUUUUUUGUUCGUUUUGUUUUUUGUAUUAUACAAAAAAA